AGUUGGGUGAGCAGCUGGAGGAAGUGUCAGGGAUGGAGCACCUUCUACACCAGGUCUCUCUUAGGAGGAGCUUUGGAAACAUUGCCAGGGAAAAUGAAGGUGGCCGGAGACCUCACACUGUUAGUGAGACUGAUGCAAGCCCAGGUAGCAAUGGUAUUCCCACUACAAACACUCACCACAGCCAAACUACACUCAGUACACGCAGCCGUAACCAGAGCAACCACAGCAAUUACACUGCCACUGAAACCAACAGUUUUUCAACGUUUGUAAGCAAUGAGGUGGCCCCUACUCAACUGUACGACAAAGUUUCCAUUGCUGACAGCACAACUUCAACAUUAAGCAGAGUGACAGCUAUAGGUGAAGCUGAUCUGGGUGCAUACGAUUCUCUCAAUUUGAAUUCUUCCAUCGCUAAAGGUCAAAUUCUGGUUGAAGAGGAAACUGCUGAGACAGGCAAAAUCUCUAGGCAUGUCUACCUGAUAUAUGGACGAGCCAUGGGCCUACUCUUCGUUGUUAUGUCCUUCAUCUUUGUGGCUCUAUCACAGGUAAGAAUUAUAUCCUUUUGCAUAUUUUUCUACAUUAUAUAG